AAAAAAAAAGAAGAAGGCAGCAUGUGCUCUGGUAUCUGACAAGAAACAGAUAAAGAAAUGGAAGGUGCUCUUGAUGAUGUAGCAAAACAAUUGGAUAAGCAAGCACUGGAGGAGAAAGACAAAGAUGAUGAUGAUGAAGAUGGAGAGGGCGAAGGAGAUGGAGCAACAGGGAAAAAGAAGAAGAAGAAGAAAAAGAAGAAAGGACCUAAGGUCCAGACAGAUCCACCUUCUAUUCCAAUAUGUGAGCUAUUUCCCAGCAACGUAUUCCCGAAAGGAGAAGAAUGUGAAUACCCACCAACACAAGAUGGGCGAACUGCUGCUUGGAGAACAACUAGUGAAGAAAAGAAAGCACUAGACCAAGCCAGUGAGGAAAUCUGGAAUGAUUUUCGAGAGGCUGCAGAGGCACACAGACAAGUGAGGAAAUACGUUAUGAGCUGGAUAAAACCUGGAAUGACAAUGAUAGAAAUCUGUGAAAAACUAGAAGACUGCUCACGUAAGCUGAUAAAGGAAAAUGGUUUAAAUGCGGGUCUUGCAUUUCCUACUGGGUGCUCUCUGAAUAAUUGUGCCGCCCACUACACUCCCAAUGCUGGCGACCCAACAGUCCUGCAGUACGAUGAUAUUUGCAAAAUAGAUUUUGGGACACAUAUUAGUGGUCGUAUUAUUGACUGUGCUUUUACAGUCACGUUCAAUCCAAAAUAUGACAGAUUAUUACAAGCUGUAAAGGAUGCCACGAAUACUGGAAUAAAGUGUGCUGGAAUAGAUGUACGUCUCUGUGAUGUAGGGGAGGCCAUACAAGAAGUUAUGGAGUCUUAUGAGGUUGAAAUUGAUGGCAAAACAUACCAAGUGAAACCAAUUCGCAAUUUGAAUGGACACUCGAUUGGGCCAUAUAGGAUACAUGCUGGAAAAACGGUGCCCAUUGUGAAAGGAGGAGAAGCCACAAGAAUGGAGGAAGGUGAAGUUUAUGCUAUAGAAACCUUCGGGAGCACGGGAAAAGGCGUUGUUCAUGACGAUAUGGAGUGUUCUCAUUACAUGAAGAACUUUGAUGUUGGGCAUGUGCCAAUAAGGCUUCCAAGAGCAAAACACUUGCUAAAUGUUAUCAAUGAAAACUUUGGUACUCUUGCCUUCUGCCGCAGAUGGCUGGAUCGCCUGGGAGAGAGUAAAUACCUAAUGGCGUUGAAGAACCUGUGCGACUUGGGUAUAGUGGAUCCGUAUCCGCCCUUGUGCGACAUUAAAGGCUCCUACACAGCACAGUUUGAGCACACUAUACUGCUGCGCCCAACGUGCAAGGAGGUCGUCAGCAGAGGAGAUGACUACUAAACUCAAAGCCACCUCAGCACCUUUAUACUCUAGGCUUUGUUGGAACAUACUAUACCAGAAAUAAUUUGCAACAUAUUGUCUGUUUUAACAGUGGACUGAUGUAUUACUUUCCAUAUUUGGAAAGGAAGGAAUUUAAUCAAAGGCAAGUCUUCUAAUGUAACUAACCAAGGAAAAAGCUUUCAGGCCUUUAGAAGUAUUUCAAAAGUUACUUAAUUUUUUUCUGUUCAGGGAAAUAUGUGCUAUGAAGCUCAGUUUUUAGUUUGGAAUGAGUUAUACAUUUUGGUUUGAACAUUUAUGAUAAAAGAUGCUUUUCAAAUAUUUAUAUUACCAUAUUCCUACUUGAAUGCUUUGAAUGACUACACCUGAUUUCUGCGCCCAAGUCCUCUAUGAUAUUGCCUUUUAAACUUCCUGGAAUCCAUUUUGUAAAAAAUAAAGACAAAUUUUCAGAUCUAAAAA